AAAUUGAUCAAGUCUUGCGGAUCGCAUUUGUCCGAUCGCAACGUUCUAAAAGCAUAAGUAGUCUGUUUGGAUCUGGUGCAGCAUGGUUCAUGGCAAAUAUAACAGGCAGUAUUAAAUGAGUUAAUUUGGAUUGUUGGUUUAGAGGAAUUUGGAUGAUAUAUAUUUGGGGAAUGAGACGUGGAUGCAUAAUGUUUAAUUUAAUUAAUUAUAACUACACAUAGGUACAAACCGUACGUGUUGAACAUUUCUCAUCCCCGCGCCAAGUGUUUGGUAUUAGCUAGAGGAGAUUAGUAAUGGCAAUGGGGCGGUUACCUCAAUAUUUAUAUUUGUAUUCGUCUCAUAUUAAGUGCGUGUCAGGGCAGGUAAUACCUGCGUGGGUAUGAGGUGGAACAUGUGCACACAUUUUUAUUUAUAUGUUAUUUGAAAAAAGAAUGUCGAUUUUUAACUAUUUUGCAAGAACACGUAGGAAAAACACUUCACAAAUGAAUGAGAAAUAUAGUAGAAGAAAUAACUGAGUUUAAAUAGUUCAAAGGUAGAGUCUUAAAAUGUAUUUGGGAUGAAAACACUACUUUAGAAAAUUCAGAAUAAGAGAAAUAGAUGUAGAUAUUAAUGCAAAUAAUUAUAGAACAGGUUGACAACAUGACAGUACGGGACGGGGCAGGCCGGAAGCAGUACCAUGUCUCAUCUCAUGCUACAACAGUUCGGAUAUAUAAUACCCACACGUCAAGGCAGGUUGGAUUGCACUGAUCAUAUCAGAAAUCGCCAUCACUGGAUGAGAUCAGUCAUUAUAUAUAUAUAUAUAUAUGGUGGCUACUUCGGCGCACUCACUUUUUUUGGUGCACUCAGUGCACCUAACUCUAAAAGCGUCCAUAAUACAUCAAAUUUUGAACGUUAAUUAGUACUUUCGAUCUAAUAUGAUGAUAUGACAUAGAAUCAUAACAAAUCAAUCCAUUACCCUAACCUCUUAACCUUAAAUUUUGAAUCCCAACCCAAAAUCCCAAAUUGUAAACCUAAACCCUAACCCUAAAUCCUAAAUCCUUCGAAUUAAAGUAAAUUUUGAAUGAUUUUUUUUUUCAAAUUCAUGUGCUUCUUGUUCGUAAUAUAAUAAGCAACAAUUGAUACCGUUUUGACAUGAAUCACAUGGUCACAAUGACAAUUAUGAGGCGGGUACACUGAAUAUGUCACCAUAUAUAUAUAUAUAUAUAUAUAUACGCAUUUUUAAAUCAGGCAGACUUCAUGCAUGGGUCUGUGUGGGGUAAGUUGGAAAUAAAAUUUCAAAAGCUCAGUUAGGGGUUUUGCUUUUUUCCAAUUUUCUCUUAAAAUUUUGCUGGUUAAAAUAGUGAACCAAUGAAUUAAUAAAUUCGGGAUAAUUUAUCUGGUUUCAUGUCUAACGUAACCUUUAAAAAUCGUUCAAUCCAUCUCAAACCACCCAUACAAAAAAACCGAAACACUAGUUUAAUUAAUUUGAUGGUUCUACUGAUCCGACCGUUAAUUUGAUUUGGUUAUGUAGUUAAUAUCUAUCUUAACAAUAAUAAUGCAAUAUUUGCGACUCGAUCAAGAAAUGGAAGCAGCUGAACACGUACGGGGCUACGGGCUGAUCUGAAAGUGAAACCCCAGGUAUCCCAGCUCCAUCGAAAGCACCCAAAUUAUUCUUCGUCUUACCCUUUACAUAUAUAAAACAUCAUUUGAUCCGGUCUUCUGAUCAAUGCUGUUCGAUGAUUGGUUUAAAUUGUAAGACAAUUAAUUACUUCUCUAUUGCAUGUGUAAUGUAUGAUUGAACCCAGAAUUACAAUUGAUUAUAGAUUUUAGAACCUGAAAUUCCGACAGAUCAAAAACUAACUACUAUAUGCCAUUUGAUCAUUUUUUUUCGUUGAUAAUUAGCUAUAGUUUGCAUAUAUUAUAUUUAUUUUAGGUACUAUGCAUCUAACCUCUGAAAAAUCGAGAAAUUAUUGGCAAACAAAGAUUUUGAUCUAGUAGUUUUACGACUUGUCUUCAAUAUGAAAAUUUUAGAUCUAAAUCUCUUAAUUAUUACUUAAUGAUAAAAAUUAAACCGAUGUCACCUGUAUAAUAAACUGUAAAGUGCCCGAAAUGUAGUCAUUUGAGCCCUAUUUUACUUCAAAUGUGUUAGGAGGUGUAUUCAACGGAAGCAUGAAAUUAUUUAUCGCUUGCCUCGUCAAACCAAGGUGGAGAGUUGUUCAUAAGGAAAACUAUAAAAGACAAGGACGAGCUUUAUAGGGCACAAAAUUCCCCACAUAACGCGAACAGAAGAGAAGAAACAAACGUCUGUAUGAUACGACAAGCGCGUGCUGACCAAAACGACAACAGAACCAUGACAGGAUUAAGAAGACGGCCAAAGUUAUCCUUGUCCAACGGCCGUUGAUAUUCCCGCUCCUGUUGACUCCCCACUUGCAAGCAAUUUGCCACCACAAACAUUUGAGAAUUACAAAAUUCAGGUACAAGACUUUAUUUUGUGGCAAAUAAGUACAUGUUUGACUUUCCACCUGUUAUUAAUGCGCAAACUAUGAGAAACACGUUGACCGUUUGCGUAGAUGAAUUUUCCUUGUUCUCAGGAGGUGGCGGUCAAACCCAUUUUUCCUACAUAACAAACCUAAACUCGUAUGCAUGGAAAUUGGAAAGCGUCUCCUCAAUCAAAUGGAAUGGAGUAAUUAGUUAAAAUGAUCACGUAAUUAUGUCUUUAAUUAUGUUUGAUUAAUUGGAAUGGCUGAAAACACCAGCCUGUGUCAUCAUUCUUUAUUCCGGUGGUUGGACUUGCAUGUGCCAACUAUUCAUAUAACUCAUAUACAAAAAUACAAUAGUUUAGUAACUAAAUUACCCCUGCAAACUGGGGCAAGGCUUUCGUCGAGAAUCGAGCACACAGAACUCUUGAUUCUCCCGCGUCGUUUCACCAUCUAGGUUAGCUCUCUUUCAUCAGUAACUAAAUCUUAUGUAACUAUUUUCAAAAUAAAAAAAUAGUUCCAAAUUAUUUACGCAUGCAAGUCUAAUAACUUUAUUUAUUUAUUUAUUAUUAUCAUGACGUCAAAUAUUCUUAAUCAAUCUCAUCAUGGAAGACAAUACGUUCAAAUACUAAUUUCAAUUCUUGAAAAUCCAACAUAUUUUUGCUAAUAAGUAAACAUAAUAUGUUGCGCUCCAUCGACCCAUAACUCAUAAGUCAGAACACGUUCAUGAAAAUUUUGAUGGGAGGCUGCUACUGGUUAUAUGAGCUCGAGAACUCAUUUAUGAGAUGAUCCAACCGUUUUAUUGAUGUGUGUUGAUUAAUUCUUCAAAGAUUUAGACAUUUAAAGUAGUGCUAGGGCCUAGGAGGACCCCUGGGGUACAAUUAGUUAGAAAAUGAUAUAUGAUCAACAAUUGAACUUCUCCCAAUAACUUGAUCAACUGGUUCUUGACACGGUUUACCUUUUGCCAUUAUUCAAACGAACCGCACCAAGUCAGAAAGAUUCCCAAACAUUUCUCAAAAUGGACUUCUUCUUCUAGCCCCCUGCAAAACCGGCAAUUAGCAUUCUUUUUCCUCCCUAUAUAUACCUUCCCUCUCAACCACUCCUCCCUCCAAAAAAUUCUCUCAUCCUUCAAAACCCCAACAUCCCCUGAAAAAAAAAAAAUCCCCAACUCUCCCAAUUUCAAACUCCUCCCAUGGCUGCCGACGGAAUCGAAGCAUUUUAUGCCCUGGAGGAGCUUCUCCAACAGUACCAGCUCUUCGAUGAUCUCUUCUCCCCGGCCGACUUCGCCGCCGCCACUGCCACCUCCGGCGGCUACUCCAGCUGCGAAUCGUCAUCAGCGUCGUCGUUUUCCAACACCACCAGCUGCGGCGACUCCUCCUCCGCCAUCUCUGUUUCCGAUUACUACUUCGAUCCCGACGACGAUUUCUUUCAAUUCGUUGCGAAACCCAACGAGUUGGAAUUCGUGACCAGUCCCGCGGUAAUCGAUCUCACCAGUACUCCGAAACCAUCCCCGAUUCGGGAGCUCGAAUCGAAGCCUAAAAUCGUCCAACCUCAAGUUACGCGUGAUUUCUUAGAACAGGGGACUAUUACUAAUCCUCGCUCGAACGGCGAGGAUUUAUUCUUAUUCGGAUUCGAUUCCGGAGAAGCGCCGAAGAUCGAACCGGAUCAGUCGACGGAGUGGAUCCGAUUCGGAACGGAGGAAACGGCGGCGGGUAGGGGAUCUGGCGGCGGCGGCGGGGGGAGGCAGUACAGGGGAGUGAGGCAGAGGCCGUGGGGGAAGUACGCGGCGGAGAUUCGGGAUCCGAGCAGGAAAGGCUCGCGGAUGUGGCUGGGGACGUUCGACACGCCGCUGGAGGCGGCGAGGGCGUACGACCGGGCGGCGUUCGAGCUGCGGGGACGGAAGGCGAUUCUCAACUUCCCGGUGGACGCCAGCAAGUACAAGGUGAUGGUUGAAGGACACUGCCAGCGGAAGCGUCAGAGAAGAGAAGAAGGAGAAAGAGAGGCGGCGACGGUGAAGCAGGAAAUUCGGGAGGAAGCAACGGAGACGGCGGCGUGGAGUAGUAGUACGGAUGUGGAUAUUUGGCGGGAAGUUCCGCAGCGCCGCCGUUUUCCCGUUAACCAGGAUUUGCAGCUCAGAUGAGAAUACAACUUGUCCGUUUGGUCAGUCUUUGAAUGCGAUAGGUCCUUUCCCGCGAAUGUUUGAAAUGCUUCUCUUCAGGCGGCGAGCCUAACUAACUAGAGUAUGUAUAUUUUCAUACAAGAAUGAAAUUUGAAAAAUUUGCAAUAUAUGAUUGACAAAAUGUGUGAAAUCUAUGAUUUUUUUUUUGGUGCGAAACCGGUGCUAAGUGCACUCAAAUCUUUAUUCGUUACUUAUGAUGUAGAAAAAAAAAAUUCAACUACUUAUAUUAAGGAUGUAUUUUUAUUUUAUUUUAUUCUUACGACAAACAUGUGAUGGAAUUUAUGCAUAAUUUAUAACCUAAUAAUACAUUCACCAAUUAAAUUUGUGAAUUGUGAUACGUCAUAGUAAAAACUAGGGCCGUUAAUGAGCCUAUCAGUUCGCGAGUGGUUCGGUGUUCAACCCGAUAAAAGUCAGUUCGAUUCAAGAAAAUGUCGAUUUGUUUAUUAACGAGUCGAGUUUGAGCUCGGCCCGUGAGGCUGCUGAACUAGCUCGAUUAUAAGGUGGUUUGUUGAGUUUAAUUCACGCACUUACAUUUUUUGAGGUCAUGAGAUGUGUCAAUAUUGCGACUAGCAUGCUAACUCGACUAAUACUUAUGAGAAACUGGAUCAAUAUCUGAUGAGUUGGGUUGUUAAUGAUGCAUAGAUUUAUUAAAUUGUAUAUAUAUCACCUCAUAUGAUGUUUAAUACUUUGAUUAUGUGAGCAAAUAUGUCUUAUAUAUGACAUGAGAUCAGUCAAUCACAUAUAUCAUAUAUAAAUAUUAUGAUAUUUAAUUUUAUAAUUUAUAUUAGAAUUGAGCUCGAGCCAAAAUUUUGAUCUUAACGAUUAGCCAAUAUUUAAUAAAUGAGCUGGCUCGUGUUCGAUUCGAGUCAACUCGUUCAUAAACAAACCAAACCUGAACAAUGAAAAGUUUGAUUCUACCCAACUCAUCAACAACCCUAGACUGUUACAUAUUUAAUGUAUAUAAGCACGAUUGGGGAACCUAUAUAUGUUGAUAAUUUGUAGGGUUACAAUAUAACUCUAGAUAAUAUAUCAUAUAUGAACUUACUUAUAUGCAUGUUGGGUUCAAGUUCGUGCCAAAUGAUUUACAUUGAGCGUACUAGUUCAUAUUUAAACACUUCUCAACUAAAGCAUUGACUAAUGGGGGAUUAAUGAGCUUCCAUGUAUGCAAAUCCGGUUCAAUGAUUCCGGCCGGUCAAAUGGUUAGUUCAAGUAAUGACUAAUGAAAUCAGCAUGCAUUAUUAAAAUCGUAAAUAGAGAUACCAUCGCCAUUGGGAAAACGAAUGAAUCAGCAGAAUGAAGUAAUUGAUAUUAUAAUGAUAGUUAAUGACAAAUAAAAUAAAGAAGAGGGAGAUCGACUAAAUAUAUAUAUAUUUGAAUGAUGGGUGGCAUACGUACGUAUAACGUAGCCAUUCCCUUUAUACAUGGAAGACAUACUGUAAUUUGCAGUGCUCUAUUUUUAAAAAAAAAAUAUUUUAGGUUGAUUGACUAUGUUAAACAAAAAAAAAAAAGGUGGCAUUGUCAAUUGUAUAUAUGGAAUGUUAUUAAAAAUAAUAGAAAAUAUUAUUUCCAAGAUAAAAUAUGUCUGAUCCC